GAGGAUGUGAUUACUGAUAAUACUUUAUAAAAUCAUGAAUUAUUAUUCUCUUGUGUCGUUUAACACGAACCGCACCGAAUCAACAAUGAUUGAAGCUGCAAUAAUGACCAUUAAUUAGUUGGAACUAUUUAGUUAGUUAUCAUUCGGUAGUUAUCAGACGUCGCUUCUUGGAGGCGAAGUGCAUUUAAACACCAUUACGAAGAUUGACGUAUCCAGUCUUUAGGAUAGUGAUUAAUUUAUUUUUCUACUUUUCUGUUUUUCAAUCUAUGAUUAAUUGAAUUCUUGAAGAAACCUAAACCAAAAUGGCGACAUAUUUGGAAAUUUCUUGCGGCCUCGUAGCAGUGUUUCUUGCAUUCUACUACUAUUUCACGUCGACCUUUAAUUAUUGGAAAAAGCGUGGAAUCAGAGGUCCAAAACCCAUACCAGUGUUUGGCAAUAUUAUGGCACCAAUGUUAGCAAAGGAGUCAUUAGCAAACUUCUUAACGAAUCUUUACACGAAAUACAAGAACGAACCAAUGAUUGGAAUAUUCGUAAGAAGAGAACCCAUUCUAAUUAUUCUUGAUCCUGAUAUCAUCAAGGAUGUCCUUAUUAAAGAUUUCUCCAAAUUUGCAAACCGUGGCUUCAUAAGACAUGAAAUAGCAGAACCGUUAUCUCAGCACCUCUUUGCUCUGGAGGUCGAAAGAUGGCGUCCGCUAAGAACUCAACUCUCUCCAGUAUUUACAUCUGGCAAACUCAAAGGAAUCUUUUCCCUGAUUCUUGAUUGCGCUAAACAUUUGGAAAAAUAUAUGGAUACUUUAGUACAGAAAGGAGAACCCAUCGAAAUCCGAGAAGUAGCAGCCCAAUACACGACUGACGCGAUCGGUAGCUGUGCAUUUGGAAUUGAAAUGAACUCGAUGUCGGAAACUGAAAGUGAAUUCCGCAAAAGGGGCAGAGAAAUCUUCGCUACUAACUUUACAGCACUUUUGAAGUUCAGAAUGAAAGAAUGUAUGCCACAGUUAUAUAAUUUACUUGGUUAUGUACUUCCUAAGGAUAAAACAAUGGCAUUCAUUGAGAGAAUCACUAUAAGUACGAUGGAGUAUAGGAAGCACAACAACAUAGUGAAAUCAGAUUUUAUAAAUACACUUUUGGAGCUGCAGAAACAUCCUGAAAGAGUCAGCGGUAUCCGAUUGACGGACACUUUACUGGCUGCACAAGCGUUUGUGUUUUUCGCAGCUGGUUUCGAAACUUCAUCGACAACGAUAGCCAAUGCUAUUUAUGAAUUGACUCUAAACCAAAAGAUACAGAAUAAAUUACGAGAAGAAAUUAAAGAAUUCGACGCGAAAAACAACGGGGAAUGGAAAUACGAAACUGUCAAACAGAUGAAGUACCUGGAUAAAGUUUUUCGAGAAACAUUAAGGAAAUAUCCGCCUCUACCAUUUUUAAGCAGAGAGACAACGGAAAGUUACACGUUCGAAAACCCGAAGUUGACAAUUCUUAAGGACGCCAAGGUAUGGAUACCUCUAUUUGCAAUUCACAGAGAUCCGGAAGUUUACCCAGAUCCAGACAAAUUUGACCCCGAAAGAUUCUCAGAAGACGCAGUGAAAGUCAAGCACCCCAUGCACUACAUACCCUUCGGCGAUGGCCCAAGAAACUGCAUUGGUGCACGAUUUGCAAUUUACCAAUCAAAAAUUGGCAUAAUAACUAUUCUUCGUAAUUUUAAAUGCGAUAUUUCAGAGAAAACUGAAAUUCCAUAUGAAUUUGACCCAGUUGCAUUUAUAAUGUGCCCGAAAAAUGGACUGUAUAUCAAAAUAACGAAGCUAGAAAGUUAGUAUCUUCAACAGAUUGUAACUUUAUUCAAUCGAGAUAUUGUUAAUAAUGUUAAAAUAUUGUUAAUUUUUAAAUGAAUAUUAUGUAUUUACAAGAAUUUAUGGAAACAAUGGAGAUACCUUUUUCAAAAUAUGUAUUGUGAAACAUUAAAUAUGACUGUACUCAUUAUUUAGAAAA